AUGGCGGAGGACGGGCCGCAGCAGCCACAGCUGGACAUGCCGCUGGUCCUGGACCCGGACCUGACCAGGCAGAUGCGGCUGCGCGUGGAGAGCCUGAAGCAGCGCGGCGAGAAGCGCCAAGACGGCGAGAAGCUGCUGCGGCCGGCCGAGUCCGUGUACCGCCUGGACUUCGUCCGGCAGCAGAAGCUGCAGUUCGAGCGCUGGAACGUGGUGCUGGACAAGCCAGGCAAGGUCACCAUCACCGGCACCUCGCAGAACUGGACGCCCGACCUCACCAACCUCAUGACGCGCCAGCUGCUGGACCCCGCGGCCAUCUUCUGGCGCAAGGAGGACUCGGAUGUCAUGGAUUGUAAUGAGGCUGAUGCCCUGGAGUUUGGGGAGCGUCUGUCGGAUCUGGCCAAGGUCCGCAAGGUCAUGUACUUCCUCAUCACCUUUGGCGAGGGGCUGGAGCCCGCCAACCUCAAGGUCUCCGUGGUGUUUACCCAGCUCUGAUGGCAGCUGCCCGCUGCCACCCCUCCUCUCGCCCCUUGCCCCUGCCUGUACCUCCUGUCCACAGUGCGUUUUAGGGGACAUUCUUCUAGCUGCUCAGCCUGUACCCAGCUUGGCCCGAGGCCCCCUGGGUCCCACGUCCUUCCUUCUCUCCUUUUCCCUGGUGCCAGCGCUCCAGCUCACAGGAGGGAGAGUCCAAGGCUCCACGGUCUAGAAGCUGGACUGGCCGCCGCCGCCGCUGCUGCUGUAGACUUUAGAGGCCUGGUCGGGGCUGGCGUGGCAGAUGGGGAGGCCGUCGGCAUCUGCCUUCUCUCGGCCUCAUUGUUGGGGAGAGAGACUGAGAGAGACCAAAAGAGACAGACAGAGAGAGAGAGAGAGAGAGAGAUCCAAAGAACCAGCCACCCAUCUUCCUCCAGAGACGGGGAGACAGAGAUGACGGGAGCAGCCUUGCUGGGGACUGCAGAGCCCCACUUGCUGCCCAGCUGGCCACAGUGCCUUUGCCGAGGCCGUGUCUGGAGGUCAACACCAGCCUGGGGCCCCUGGAAGGCACUGCUCCUGGCACCAGCCCAGUGUGGUCCCACGAUGCCUC